AUGACGAGAUUCCAGUGCCAAUAUCGUGAACUUGCGUCGUGGCGCAAGGUGUUCAAGCGGGACUGGAAACAGGCGGCAACAUCCCCAAUUACUAUGCCGUUGAACAAUAAAUACAGACUGAACACACUCACCUGGGUGUGUACCUGCCCACAUUUCAGUACCAGUCGAUUUCUCCUCUGCAAGCAUCUUGUUCAAGAUGUCCAUCCUGUCCCCCCCUUGUUCUUCCUCGAGCAUCCAGCUCUCAUCUCACUGGACACUCUAACCGGCCAUUUGAAGAGUGAUGACACCAUAUUGCUGACAAAUGUGGCUGCUGGACAAGGAGAUUCAGACAUCCGAGAUGAUGAGGAGUCAGAUGAUGAAGGAAUUAUUGAUGUCAGAGGGAUGGAGAAUUGGUCUGUAGGGGAAACAAUGGUGACUCAUGCAAAUUUACUGCGGGAUUUUGCAGACGGUAUCCUCUACCAGGCGCAAUUUAACAACCAUCAAUGGGGGCAGAGCUUGGAGCGAGAGGGGGUGUCCUUGUUUCGGCUCGCCAGUCAUUGCCUUGAGCGUGAGCGUCAAUUCAACUUGACGAGGGGAACUUCACCGACAACGUGGGAGAAGACAACAACGAGCGCAAUGUAUUACCGCACAUGCCCACCACGCGCAAAUGCCUUGAGUUGA